CCAUCUUAAAUCUCAAUUCAAUGACAAGAAGAAUAUACAUUGUUCUUUGUUUACUCUUCUUUUGUGUUCAUAUGGUAGUACUUUUUGCUACACACCUAGAAUCAAAUUGGAUAAACCAUGGUGGAGAUUUAUACAACAGAAGGUAUGCAUACAUGGAGCAUAAGAUCAACCCUAUAACAGCACCACACCUAAAACUUAAAUGGAAAUUCUAUGCAGGCAAAGAGAUAACAGCAACACCAACAAUAUACAAUGGUAUACUUUAUUUUCCAAGCUGGAAUGGUAAUAUUUAUGCAAUUAGACAAAUUGAUGGGUCAGUUGUUUGGAAGAAAAAUUUGAAGGAAUUGACUGGCUUGAAUGCAAGUGUAUCAAUUGCUAAUAUAAUCGGAAAUGGAGCCGUGGCUAGAGCAAGUCCAACUGUGGCAGGAGAUUUAUUGAUGGUUGGAAUUUAUGGGCCUCCUGUUGUUGUUGGUUUGGAAAGAGCAACUGGUGAGCUUGUUUGGUUGACAAAGUUGGAUGAUCAUUAUGCAGCAGUUGUUACCAUGUCAGGAACAUAUUACAAUGGGAACUACUAUGUCGGAGUAUCUUCAUUAGAAGAACGUGCAACAAUUGAAGACUGUUGCGUAUUUCGUGGAAGCUUUGUAAAACUUGAUGCUAAAACAGGUGCCAUCUUAUGGAAAACCUAUAUGUUGCCAGAUAACAAAGGUCAAAAAGGAGAAUACGCAGGAGCUGCGAUUUGGGGAAGUAGUCCUUCUAUUGAUAUUUAUAGAAAACAUGUCUAUAUUGCCACGGGAAAUCUCUAUUCUGCCCCAGAGAACAUACUUGAGUGUCAAGAAACACAAAAUAAUGAUACUACUCCUGUUGAAACCGAUAAGUGCAUUGAACCAGAAAACCACUCAAAUUCGAUUAUAGCGCUUGAUUUGGACACUGGUGAAAUUAAAUGGUUCAAUCAAUUAGGAGGUUUGGAUGUUUGGUUUAUUGCAUGUAUCAAUCCGUCAACGACUAAUUGUCCACCUCAAGGUCCUAUACCAGAUUCUGAUUUUGCAGAAGAACCAAUGAUGUUAACUACACAUAUAAAUGGAACUAAGAAAGAUAUUGUUGUUGCUGUUCAGAAAAGUGGACUUGCAUGGGCAUUGGAUCGCAAUAAUGGAAAUCGUCUAUGGUUUAAGGAAGCGGGACCUGGUGGACUAUCAGGAGGUGGAAUGUGGGGUGCAGCAACUGAUGAAAACAGAAUCUAUACUAACAUUGGAAAUUCAGAAGGAAAAACUUUCCAACUUUUACCCUCAAAUAUCAAUACAACAGCAGGAGCAUGGGUGGCAAUGGAUGCUAGAAACGGAAAAAUUCUUUGGUCUACCGCAAACCCUAGCAAUGGUCUUCCCAUCGGCCCGGUCAGUGUGGCAAAUGAUGUUCUCUUUGGUGGAUCUACAGAUAGUUUGGGACACAUAUAUGCAAUGAAUGCGAGAAAUGGUAAAAUUUUAUGGUCUUAUGCAACUGGAGGUAGUGUUUAUGGAGGCAUGUCAAUUAGCAAUGGAUGUAUUUAUGUGGGAAGUGGAUAUAAUGUCUCCCUAGGAGUUGUUUUUAAAUAUACAGGUGGAACAUCACUCUUUUCAUUCUGUGUCUAA